UACCACGAAUAUGGUCUAAUGUGCUGGAGCCCUCAUGCAAACUGUCCCAUUAACUCGCUCACUUCAAAGUCGCCAUGGCACAUGCCAUACACCGUGAGGUCUGUGUUCGAUCUACAGGUAGCCAGCUGAAAACCUCGGUAUCGGAGUUCCCUUGAUAUCGGCAUGGGAGUUCUAGUGCUUUACAACCUUGUUACAUUAGGUAGGUGUGGCAUGCCGGUUAACCAUAACAGCAGUAGAUCCGCAGAAUCUCUGUGUGCAAAGGAUAUCAAUUAAACAUGUUCUUUUCAACUCACCUCGAAUCCAACACGACCUCGACACAGGGCUCAUUGAUUGUGCGCCCACAGGAACACACCACUGCACUGGUAAUAGACGUUCUUUUGUGACCAUAAGUGCAUAACAAAACCAGUAUGGCCGAACUCGGGAACAAGCCCUCAAAUGCAACUCACCACGAAGUGGAGGAGAUUAAGAAGCCCAACAAAAUGAACGCGAAUCAAUCUGAAGGCUGUACAGAGACGGCUUCUCCUAUAGUAUCUGACGAUACAAAGCUAUCGAAUGGUGUAGAGGGGUCGCAGGACCCUGUCCUGCAGAAGCUUGGUCUUUCUGACCAUAUGCUCAAUCCUUCUAGUCCUUCUUUCGAUUUUCAGGCGUGGUCUCGUACCCUAGUCAAGUUGAGAAGGCAGUUGAAUGUGCCAACACCACCACGUUCCGGCUUUGCCUUCAAGAGCUUGACUGUACGCGGCAGCAGCGCAGCUAUCGAGAAGCAAGGAACUGUCUGGACAAUGCUCACCUUUCCUCUCGAUCCCAGGGCUUGGUUCCGUCCGAAGCAGACCAAAACCAUUCUCCAAGGACUGGACGGGUUGGUGCACAAGGGAGAGCUACUACUUGUUUUAGGGCGUCCCGGCAGUGGUUGCUCAACUUUCCUGAAGACCAUUACUGGUCAGAUGCGAGAUUUGGAUAUUGACUCAGCAUCUAUUUUACAAUACACAGGCGUACCGCACCGAAUAAUGACUCGACAGUUCAAAGGCGAGCUGAUCUACAAUGGAGAGGUAGACGAGAACCUCCCGUACCUGACGGUCGGACAGACUUUGGAGUUCGCCGCCGCCAUGCGUACGCCCAGGGCUCGUCUACCAGGGAUAACCCGGAAGGAUAGAGUCAAGCAUGCGGUGCAAGUCAUGCUGACCGUGUUUGGACUUUCGCACACGAAGAACACAAUAGUGGGAAAUGACUAUGUGCGAGGUGUUUCGGGUGGUGAAAGAAAGAGAGUCUCAAUAGCAGAGACAGCACUCUCUGAAGCCGCUAUAUCUGCGUGGGAUAACUCUACCAGAGGCCUAGAUGCUGAGUCUGCCCUGCAUUUUGUUAGUCGGCUGCGGACUCUCUCUGACCUAACUCAAUCCUCCAAUGCGGCAGCGAUCUACCAAUCUUCACAAUCCAUUUUCGAUCUAUUUGACAAGAUUCUGGUCCUAUAUGAGGGAAGAGAGAUAUUCUUCGGCCGUGCUUCGUCAGCCCCAGCUUACUUCGAACGGAUGGGUUGGCAACGCCACGCAAGGCAAACAUCAGGAGACUACUUGACCACCAUCACCGACCCAGAGCAAAGAGUAGCAAAGGAAGGGCACGAAGACUCGGUGCCUAGAACACCUGAAGAUUUUAGUCGUCACUGGCUCAACUCGACUGAAUAUGCUCGUUUGAUGGAAGAGAUUGAAAAGUACCAGAAGGAUUUCGAUCUCCAACAAGAAACGACUCGGAAGCAAUUCGAGUCAAUUCGCCAUAACCUCAAGGCGAAAGGGAUGCUGAGAAGAGCUACACAAACAGUCUCGUUUCCAAUGCAGACCGCACUUUGCGCCCAAAGAGCGACGCAACAACUUUGGAAUGAUAAAGGUUCAACCUUUACGACACUGAUUGGAGAGAUUAUCAUUGCACUUGUCGUCGGAUCCAUCUUCUAUGGUACUCCAGAGACCUCCGAUGCCUUUUUCUCUUAUGGGUCCGUCCUUUUCUUCUCUGUACUUCUCAAUGUCUUGAUGUCUGUGACAGACAUCCACAACCUAUACAAAGGCCGCCCAGUCAUCACAAAACAAGUAUCCUAUGCUUUUUAUCGGCCGUCAGCUGAUGCGCUUGCAAGUGUCUUAGUUGACAUUCCUGUCAAGUUUGUAAUUGCCGUGUUCUUCAAUAUCAUUUUGUAUUUUUUGGCCGGCCUUGCGUACACAGCAUCUCAGUUCUUUAUUUUCUUCCUUUUUGUAUUUACAACGACGUUGGCAAUGUCUAUGGUAUUUCGCACUAUUGCCGCGGCAACUAUGACCCUCCCUCAGGCUAUGGCUAUCUCUGGCUUCCUAGUACUUGCAUUGGUCACAUACGCUGGUUUUGUGCUUCCCAGUCCGUAUAUGCAACCCUGGUUCAAAUGGAUCUCCUACAUCAACCCACUUUCUUUUGCUUUCGAGGCAUUAUUGGUCAACCAAGCGCAUGGGUCCAAUUUUCCCUGCUCCAAUAUCGUACCCUCCUAUCAAAACUUGACCGGCGACACUUUUAUCUGUCCAGUCCCUGGAUCCGUGGCCGGGCAGACCUACGUGAAUGGAGAUGCCUGGUUUGAGACAAGCUAUGACUAUAGCUAUUCGCACCUGUGGCGCAACCUGGGCAUCAUUCUUGGCUUUUUAUUGUUCUUUCUCUUCACAUAUCUGUUGAUUUCUGAUCUAAACGUCAACACGUCUGUGGGUGCUGAUGUCCUUGUUUUCCUCCAUGACCGCAUCCCUGGUCUCACAACGAAAGCCGACUCCAAGCUCAAAGGCAAGGCAGACGUGGAGCAGCCACUAGUGGUUAACAGUACGCCGGUCCAGGUCGUUGUGAAUAAAGGGACAGCGCCACAAGCGGAUCAGGGGGUAUUUGCAUGGAGGAAGUUGACCUACGACGUUAUGAUCAAAGGAGAAUCGAGGCGUCUACUUAACGACGCCUGCGGUUGGGUGAAACCAGGCUCUAUGAUCGCCUUGAUGGGAGUAUCAGGGGCGGGUAAAACGACGCUGCUGAAUGCAUUGGCCCAAAGAAUGCCCGCGGGUGAUGUAAAGGGCGAAUUCUAUCUGAACGGGAAGCCGUUACCAGAGUCCUUCAAGAGUGACGUUGGCUAUGUACAGCAGCAAGACGUUCACCUUGAAACCUCGACUGUACGCGAAGCCCUACAGUUCUCGGCAAUGUUGAGACAACCCCGUGACAUACCAAUACGCCAGAAACUCGAAUUUGCGGAAGAGACGAUUCACCUUCUUGGUAUGGAUGAUUUUGCCGACGCUAUCGUCGGUUUGCCCGGCAAGGGACUCAAUGCUGAGCAGCGAAAGCGCCUUAGUAUUGGAGUUGAGUUGGCCGGGAAGCCAUCCCUACUUCUCUUUUUGGAUGAACCUACUUCGGGACUUGAUAGCCAAUCAUCCGAGGCAAUCUUGGCUCUACUUAAGAAGCUAGCCGCAAGUGGCUUGGGCAUCCUGUGCACAAUUCACCAGCCAAGUGCCAUGCUGUUCCAGCGUUUCGAUAGGUUGUUGCUGAUGGCACGGGGCGGCAAGGUCGCUUACUUCGGGGACAUUGGGAACUCCUCGGAGGCUGUUCUUCGAUAUUUUGACGCCCGCGCACCGAGGAGGUGCAAGGACGCUGAGAACCCUGCUGAGUAUAUACUCGGUAUGAUAGGCAAUAUGGACGGCCAAGACAUCGACUGGCCUGGUCUGUGGGACAGAUCUACAGAGGCCAAUGUAGUUUCAACUGAGUUGGAACGCACUUCGAAACCUUCGUCCCAGACAACAUCACCGGAAAGCGACCUAGGCCAAGGUCGAACGCAUGGAACUUACCGACUUCCGUUGAGCUCCCAGCUACCAAUUGUUUGUCGGCGAGUCUUCCAACAAUAUUGGAGAUCGACAACGUACAUUGCAAGCAAAUUCAUGUUGGGCAUUGCAGGCACACUAUUCAUUGGUUUCUCGUUUUUCCAGCCCGGACAAUCAAUUCUUGGUGUUCAGAACGCCAUUUUCUCUAUUCUCAUGGUUUGCGCAAUGUUCAGCAGCUUGGUCCAGCAGAUCAUGCCCAAGUUCAUCAUGCAGCGGACAGUCUACGAAGUUCGUGAGAAGCACUCCAAUAUGUAUUCAUGGGUCGCUCUCAUCUUUGCCAACAUUCUUGUCGAGAUACCAUACCAUCUUGUCCUUGGUAUCAUAACCUUUGCGAUAUUCAACUACACGGUAUUCGGCAUUCGAUCGUCUGAAGACCAAGGUCUGGUCCUGUUGUUCUUCACCUACUUUUAUGUCCUUGUGGGCACCUUUGCAGUCAUGGUCACUGCGCCUUUGCCUGAUGCAACAACAGCUGGUCGUAUAACGACAGUCCUGUUCUCAAUGAUGAUCCUGUUUGCUGGUGUCUUCCAGACCCCUACCGCUUUGCCAGGCUUCUGGAUAUUCAUGUACCGUGUCUCGCCCAUGACAUAUCUUGUUGGCGGUGUUUCUGUCUCGGGACUUUCAGGCGAUCCGGUCGUCUGUUCUCAGUCCGAACUUGCCGUCUUCCAGCCCCCUGCCGGUGACACUUGUGGGUCAUACAUGCAGCCAUAUCUUGAGGAAGGCGCCACGGGGACGCUCCUGAACCCGAGCGCGGCUGCUAAUUGCUCUUAUUGCCCUCUGAGGUAUGCUAAUCAAAUCUUGGCUCGCUCCGGUAUGUAUUAUCAGGACAGAUGGCGGGAUUGGGCCCUUGGAUUCGCUUAUAUCGCUUUCAAUAUCGUUGCUACCUUCGCUUUAUACUCCUUGCUACGACUUGGACUUUUGGGCUCGGGAUUCAAUAAGUUUAAGCAGCUUUUCCGGGGGAAGAAGGCAGUCCAGUAAUAUGUUGCGUUUGUCAACAAGUGUUUUGUUUUUUAAUUCAUAUUACGGGUAGCGCCUAAGAUUGCGUGGGAAUAGACCGCUUAUAAUAUGUCAGAUUAAGGAUUAUUCUAUAGAAUUGCUUUAUAUCAAGC